ACCACAAGAAAACUCCAUCUCCCAUGAAGCUUUGCGCGUGAUUGCUUCAUGACUUUCGUACUCGAGUUGACUGUUCUUUAAAAAUCUCGUCUCUGGAGGCUUGGUGUUACUUGGCGCUUGGUCUUGGUUGCAGGAAUGACCGAGGCUGCAGUUUACCCUGCGUUCCAGCUCGGACAGCCGCGCUAUGACCAGAGCUCGUUCCUUGGCCGAUUCAGACACUUUGUAGAUAUCAUCGACCCCAGAACUCUUUUUGUGUCAGAGACUCACUUAAAGCAAUGUGUUGCUCUCCUGGAUAAUUUUAAACAUGGGACUCUUCCAUUUGGAACAACGGAUCAACAGCUCUGGGAGGCUCAGAAAGUGAAACAGGCUAUUAUUCACCCUGACACUGGACAGAAGAUUUUUAUGCCUUUUCGCAUGUCAGGUUAUGUUCCUUUUGGAACACCCAUUGUGGUUGGUCUCCUUCUCCCAAACCAGACUUUGGCAACCACCGUGUUCUGGCAGUGGUUAAACCAGAGCCAUAAUGCUUGUGUAAACUACGCCAACCGCAAUGCCACGAAGCCCACACCAACAUCAAGGUUUAUUCAGGGGUACCUGGGAGCUGUGACGAGCGCGGUCUCAAUUGCGGUUGGUUUGAAUGUGCUUAUAGAGAAAUCCAGGAAAUUUAACCCAGCCACCAGACUCAUCAUACAGAGAUUCAUUCCUUUCCCUGCUGUAGCUAGUGCAAAUGUGUGUAAUGUGGCUCUUAUGAGACACAACGAACUCUCAGAGGGGAUCGAUGUGCUAGACUCCAAAGGGAAUGUGGUGGGCUCUUCUCGGAUAGCAGCCAAACAUGCACUGAUGGAGACAGCGUUUACAAGAGUGGUCCUUCCACUGCCUAUAUUUGUUCUCCCACCUAUAAUAAUGGCCUUUGUGGAGAAGCUGCCUCUGAUGCAGGCUCAUCGCCGGCUCAUGCUGCCUGUCCACAGCUUAGUGUGCCUGGCCGUGUUCGGUCUCUCUCUGCCUCUAGCCAUCAGCCUCUUCCCACAGAUGUCUCAGAUUGAGGCUUCUCACCUUGAGCCGGAAAUUGCCAUGGCAACCGAUUGCAAGGUGCUGACCUAUAACAAAGGACUGUGAAGAAAGCAAACACAGAGAAGGAGUGAGAGAUGCCAAAAGAAAGAGAAAGAAGAGGAAGCAGAAAGCAAACUAUUCUGAUUAAACAGCCGUCCAUUGUUGUUUAACAAAGCAGGUGCAGUGGAGAAUGGACAAUAUAAUAUUGUAGCAAAAGAGCAAUAAUUACACCAUGUUAAUGACAUAACCUUAACCUUCAAGCCAUUAAUCUGUACUACAAUUAAUAAUGUAUGACAGUAUACAGUUUACAGUAUGCAAUAGUUAUAGAAUGGCAAAGUGCUGAAGCAGUUUCCGUUAGGACAAUUCCACAAGCUAAACAAUAUUCUGUUAGGAUUUUUUGCCUCUAAGCAUUUUUAGUAAUGGAAGAUUAAUGAAAGCAGUGGUGCUCCGUUGAUUUCUUAAAGUAUAGAAACACCAAGAAACAGCUUUUAAUAGUAAUUUUUUUUUAUUCAGCAUUGCAUUCUGGGAGAAUAAUUAUGUUAAUAAAAGUAUUGGUCCACUGUUGUUUUCUGAAGAAGAAAAAAAGUGCAAAUACAUCAAGGAACAGCUUUUAGUCCUAUUUUUAAGUCUAUAUUGUGUUCUAAUAAGCUUGAUAAUCUUGUAUUUAAAACUCCAGAGAUUCUUAGAGUGAAUCCUAACCAAUGGUAUGUAUUAGUUAAAGUUCAACAAUGAACCGAGGUAUAGAACAUUCACAGUUGCCCAGUGUUACAUGGCAAGUCUUUUAUUCAAAAACAUUUUGCAUCAAUGUCCAGGAUGAAGAUGGGUAAUGUGUUCUACACCAGUACAGGUGCCAUUAUGGUUGCAAACUCCUUGUGAACGUGUUAAACCUGGAUUUUUCCGUUUUUCAAAUGUGAACCAACUGUGGCAUUAAUUCUAUUAUUAGUGUUAAAUUGUCUUAUUAGCAACCUUUAAGAUGCACCAAUGCUUCUUAAUUGUUCUACAUGUAUGCAGUUCAGGACUUUUAAUAUGGUUAAUAUUGUUCCCGUUAUUCUUUUUUAAAGCCUGUGUGUUACCCACUGUAGCUUUGUAACUGACACAGAGAAUUGCUGAGAUAUUUGUACUUGCAUCAAAAACAUUUCCUUUAUGAGAUUUGUGAGUUUUUCUCCAUUUUUUUUUCUUGCACUUGGUGUAGCACUUAUAAUCAGGUACUUUAAUAACAGAAUAUUGACAAAUAUAUUUGAGGGUCACCAACCCUGUUGUUUUCA